CAGCAUUUGCAUCCGAAACUCAACAUCGUGUUCCCGUGUUCCUCCUACAAAUUCCCCAUUGUUGCCUUACUGCACCCUAGGCGGUUCCCUCCUGAUGCUAGCAACAACCACUAUUUCUAUCAUAGGGAUAAUACUCCUUGCCCUCACCUUCGCCAUUUCAGUGGCUCUCUUAUGGAGAAUGGUGUUUUUCUCGAAACACACUCCUGCCCUAUAUGUUUUCAUUAUCCUUGUAGCUGCACUUGUGCCACUACACCUGGCGCAAGUCGUUAUCGGAUUGAUGAUUAUGACACAGCACGUCGGUCCUCGGAAUUCAAUCCAUGAAGCGACCAUCGAUAUACUGCGAAAAUGCCAUGUCUUCCUAUCUAUACCGACAACUAGCGCACUUCACUUAUUCCUUGGCUUCAGAUCGUUGAGACUAAAUUGCAAAUGCUCGCGUUGCUGUAGAUUAACACGACCAAUUGUGUUGUUCUGUUGGGUAGUAAUCAUUUUUCUCUGCGUUGCUGAGCCCGCACUGUCUGUAUAUGGAGAAAUUUUAGGGAAGCAGGGGCUUUCACGCGAACCCCUACGAAAUCGGGUAGUGGCGACAGCCAUGUUUACCGAUACAGUCUGUCUUGCCCUAAGUUUCGCAACCUGUUUUUCCCUCUUAGGGCAAGCAGAUCGUCGUCGAAUUCUCAGCAGAGGGUGGCAACAAUCAUCUUGUGACGAGAUGAAGCAGGUAUUAUUGAAAGGGAAGCGACGCUGUGUUCUUUCGUUCCUCUUAAUCUUCCCAAUCCAAUUCCCAAGAGGGUUUCUUCUCCUCUUCUGGCCCACUCCAUUCAUCAUGGAUUUGUUGUCCACUUUGUCAGGCCCUGUACAUUAUUUGUCUCUCUUGAUAUCAAUCCUCCGCAUCACUCCAAUGUCAUGGAGUGGUAUCGACAGGGAUAUAGCACUGGAUUCAGUAUCUGGUCAGGAUGGGGACGCGGGCUCCCCCGUCCGAGAGUGUCCUUCCAAUCCUGAUGGCCUCAAUACCGACGACAUCAUUGUGAUAGGGUUCCCCUUGACACCUGGACAUCGGUUCGGUAUGCCAAACUUCCGAACCGACGGACAACUAGCAUAGCAGGCAAGAGCAGCGCGUGUGAUGGCUCCCGCCGGCUCCGCGAGUGCCCAAUCGGCACGGAGCAGAAUGGUGGACUAAUGGGUCACUCAACAUGGUCCGGAGUCCAUCAAGGGGACACGGCACGCUGCACUCUUCCUGCAUAUUUAUACAGCAGAAGGGGUAUUGUUCAUCAGAUACGAAAUAUGACCCCCUACAAACUUCCCACUGCGCCGCUUUUGCGGUAUUUAUUUGUUAUCAACCCCCAUUUUGUCGUAGUCUCAUGCAUGACACCAAUAUUUAAUUUUCGUCC